AAUUACACUGUAUAAGCUGCGGCGACAUCAGCAUCUAGUUUCUAUACUGCCCCACUAAUGUGUUGAGCGUAUAUUGUACGGUGGCAGCGAAAUGUUGUAGGGAAUUGCCUGGUAUUAUUGCAUAGAAUAAUUACAAGAUGUAGAAUACACCAGCAUUCAGUAUAGCUGACAACACGUGGCGGUGAUUUAUGAAGUAUAGUAGAGAGACCUACUUAAUUGUGAGAUAUUUUGGCGAGUUGAGCAACAAUAUUUACAGUGAGGAGAGAGUACUGAUAGUGAAGCCCAGGCAUCUGGUAAUAGAACAGACGUGUACAGGGUUAAGGAGGUGAUGCCUCCACAGAUUUAGAUCGAACACUCGCAUAAUGCGACAUUUCGAUAACAGGAUAAUCACUGUCGGACGUGAGAGAAAUCUAUAUCGUGCGAAAUUAUGAGUUUAAAUCAUCGAGAUCCCAUAAAUUGUGCCCGGAGCAUCCUCGGUACGUAAUAAACUGGCUGAUAUUACACAUACAAGGUCGGGGGACGAUUUGACAGGGCACCCAAAGAAAGGAAUUUCUUCUGUCGCCGUGGAUCUAAAUUAUCUGGAAUAUUUCGUCGCAUUAAGGAUGUUAUACAAGGGUCCCUAAAAGCAUUAAGAGGGGACGGAAAUUUCGAAUUUAAUUUGUGUUCCAGAAUUGUUAAACAAAUAGAGUUUUGAAUUUUGGAGUUUUUUGUCUGCAUGUAGUGGAGACGGGUGAUUUUGGGAUUUUUAACGGAUGUGUCUAGAUUACUGAAGACAGGAAUAUGGCAUAAUGUCUAGCAUCCCUCUUUACAAUGUUCAAGCCAGAUUUAAAUUUUAUACAAGUGAAGACAAUCUAAGCAAGGAAUGGAAGUCGUCGGCCAAAUCGAACACCCACCAAACCACGUUUCUAGAGGGAAUCCUCCUCAAAAGUUUAGAGAAAAAUGCACAGUUCUCCUACGUGGACUACUCUGUUUUCUUCAGUGGAAUUAAGGACUUCAAGCGCCCCGCGCAACCCAGGAAUCAUGUUCAGUCAGACGUUUUACGGGUUCACAACCAUAAGUUCUCCAUUGACGUUCUCGGCAACAGAAUUUUGCAACCCGAAUUCUACGAUGAGAUCGAGUGUAUAGUGAGGGACGGGGUAAAACAGCUCCCCCGAACACCGGUCAGCAAGGAUAGUCUGUACUUUCUGACGUCAUUCCACGCGCUGGAGCGCACGCAAUCAAUGGAGGAAAUCUGGAGUACUUGGAGCGGUGCCAAGUUCAUCCUCUGGAACUGUCCAAGGGUCCUCAAUCUUCGGAGGAUCACCUUUCUGAAAGCCACGAUGAGGUCCGAGAAUUUCGCGUACCUGAUUUUGUGCGAGUGUGAGAACGGCAUGGAACACUUGAGCGUUGCCAUGGAUUUUUAUGAAACUCUGAAGACCCGGCGCUGUGGUUUAGUUGGCCUGUAUAAAGUCGAGCGAUACUACAUUCCACCCCACCACAAGACGGACAAAUAAACGGACAAUCAAAUGGCAUUUAUUCACCAGAGGUCGUGUUUCUUCCUGUAGGCGGGAGCGUAGCGGGAACGACAGCUCUGGAUAGAGAAUGUUAAAAUGAUAUGGACGUCACUGUUGUGCUGACCAGGGAUUUAUGUUUUCAGCAAUAAUUAAUUUUCCAAACAAUCUGUCACCCAUGUAUAUAGAUCUAUCAUCUGUUUGUUUACUCACGUGUUCUCCAUAUUUUGACAUUCUCAUCAAAAUCAUAGUAAAUAUAAAUUAAAAUGGUUGUUAUUUAGAAUAACUGUACAUGUAUUUUAUCCAGCUCAUUGUUGACAAUUUUCCAAUAUGUAUAUAUGAUUUUAUUCCAUUAAACCUUUUUUCUAUGUUUUGUUAAUAAAAUACAUGUCUAUUUUA